CUAUACUGCUACGAUCGCAGUAUCAGAACAUCCUCCAACUAAAGAAUUUCGGAAUCAAGGGCUUAGUAGGAUUUCUCUCGUCGUGGUGGGCUUAGUUACCCGGUUAGAAAAACCGUAAUGUGUAAUUGGGCCUAGUGGUAGUUAGUUAGUGGAAUCGUGCUGCUUUGCACGUACCCCAGUUCAACCCAGGCCGGAAUCUGUAGCGAGUUAGGAUAGGGGUGGGACUCGUUUGCAGAAUAGGUUAUGAAGGGUUGGACAGGCUGGCUAAUUGUAAAUUAGAACCGGCUGUAGUGGGUUGGAGGGAGAAUUUGUCCCUAGUGACAUUUUCUACCACCUGCACACUAUUAGAAGUUUUGGUGACGCGCGGUGCCAUUCUAUGCCGCUUAUGUAAACAUCGAUCUGGGACUUUGUGGCUUGGAGCGCUCAUAGCGAGUUCGCAACUAACUUCCCCACGGCGAUUGCUGGCCAACAUGGCGAGAAAAACAAUAUCACCAAAGCCCUCAACGCCUUCAGCAUCCCGCACCGAUGGUGACCUAACACGUGAAGCUUCUACUCCCACUUCAACAAGACUGUGUACUCGACGGUCGUACGCCGCUCAAGGCAUUACACCGGUCGUGCAAAAGAGAUGGGGCGGCCCAACAAUUAUCUCUUAUAAAUCUCUCCCGACGACCCCGUCAACGACCCUGGAGGAGAGAUCACCCGCCCAAAAGUCGUCCACGACGCGCUCGCAACCAUCUCCCAACCUCACAGCGAAAGGCAAGUCAACCACCAAGCGUGAACAGUCCAAGAGACAAUUGAAGCGGAAAAGUGAAGUUCGCCCUCAGGAUGCGGGUGACAAAGAGGAGACCGGUGGCAAAAAGCCACGAACAACAAAGUCAAAAACACUAGACUCACGCACGAAAGAAAAGCAAUCAACAUUACAAAAGACCGCCUCAAAGGAGCCUUUGGAGGACCGAUUUACCACAACCUGGAGAACACAAGAAGAAACAAUGAGAAAGCAGAUUGAGCAGGUGGUAAAUGGAGGAAGCCAGGAUAUCGCAACCGAAGACACGAAGCCUGAUCCCGGAAACCCAUUCGAUGAGGAAGAAAAUGGAGCAGAUGCCGGUGACGCAGCUACGACCGGAUUGAAUGAUGAAUCAGAACCAGAAGAGACACGCAAAAUACCUCUGGGCGAAGCACUACAACUACUGCAUCGUGACUCUCUUGAACGCCUGCUCCGAUAUGCCAUUGUUGAAGAGGUUGUACUGAAACCAACGGAUAUCGCCGAGGAGCUUGAAGCGACGGGAGUUCUUCAGUAGCCGUCCAUAUGCCGUCGCACUUGAACAAUUAGCAUUUCUACAACGUAAUAGUCGGACUGAAUUCACAGCUGGUCCAACGCAAUACACCUGCAGUACAUUUAUUGGGUACUUUUUGCCUCGACGUGUAAAUUUGUGUACAUAAGUUGAAUACAAGCAAGCUGAUUCAAAACUUCUCGU